AUGCGGCUGGUGAACUCAUCAUACGAGUGGGUGGAGCAAGAGCUGACAUUCCAGCCGGAGGUGCACGGGUGGCAGGCGGCGGUGAGGGCCGCGCUGCUGGAAGCUAAUGUGACGCCGUGGAACGGCUUCACGGUGGAACAUGUCACUGGCACAAAGAUUGGUGCCACCACCUUUGAUGCAUCAGGACGCCGCCACAGCGCCGCGGACCUCCUUGCUUUCGCCCGCCCUGGACGUCUCCAUGUCGCUGUCCGUGCUGUCGUUACCCGCGUCAUAAUUAACCCUAUUGAUCCCGCCGCACGCCGUGGAAGGUCACGACCAGCAGUAGCAGCAGUUGGUGUCGUGUACCAGGACCGUCUUCUCCAGCAGCACCAUGCCCUGCUGCGUCCAGGUGGGGAGGUCAUACUUUCUGCAGGUACACUUGGAAGUCCCCAGUUGCUGCUUCUCAGUGGCGUUGGUGCUGCUAGCGAUCUUGCAUCCCUCGGCAUCCCUGUUUCUGUUGAUUCCCCUGACGUUGGGAAGCAUAUGUUCGACAACCCUCGCAACGGCAUCUCCAUCAUCCCAUCAGUCCCCAUCGACCAUUCCCUCAUCCAGGUGGUCGGCAUCCCUUCUGCCAAUGGCACUGCCUCCUACCUCGAGGCCGCGUCGUACAUCGUCCCCGUUUCUCCCAUGCUGCGCCCCGCCGGCCCUUUCAUCAGCCCUACUUCGCCACUCUAUGUCACCAUGGCAACCAUCAUGGAGAAGGUCCCUGGCCCGUUAUCCGAGGGCUCGCUCUGGCUAUCAUCACCCAAUCCCAUGGAGACCCCCUCGGUGCGCUUCAACUACUUCAGCCGCCCUGAGGACCUGGCACAGUGUGUCGUCGGCGUGCGCCGCGUGGCACAGGUGCUCCAGAGUAGGACGAUGGACAUAUUCCGUUCGGCCGUAGGAACGUCGAGCCAGGGCAGGAGAGGGCGUGCUAGGAGGGACUUCAGGAUCGUUGGGGCUACCCUGCCACUCGACUGGAGCACAAACAACACUGCUGUGGCGGAGUUCUGCCGGCGGACCGUGGCCACGCUGUGGCAUUACCAUGGAGGGUGUGUGGUUGGAAGGGUGGUUGACAAGGAUUUCCGGGUCAUGGGCACGCAGUCUCUUCGCGUGGUGGAUGGGUCGACGUUCAGUGUGACGCCCGGGACGAAUCCUCAGGCCACGGUGAUGAUGAUGGGCAGGUAUGAGUACAUGGGGCUGAAGAUGAUCGCGGAGCGGCACAGCAGGAGGCCAGUGAACACGUCAUCGUACAACGAAUUGCAUGAGUAG